AUGAGUCUCCGGCUCCUACUGCUCGAUUCACCAGCGCCGCGACUGUCCAGCUCAAAGCCUCCGCCUCAAAAACCGCGGUCAAGGUCAGUAGUUCUUCGAUCGAUUCGUCCCCGGGCCUCUUCGUCCGCGUCAUCGGCCGCAGGGGACUUCGAUUCCAACGAUGCGAGUCCCAAAGAAGCUAAAGACGCAGGCUACAAGUCUCUGCUGGUGGCAAUGGGCGUCCCUCUAGCCGCGGGAUCACUGGUGGCAGCAUUCAACAGGCCGGAUGAGUGGUACUUCCAGCUCAAGAAACCGUCGUGGACGCCUCCGGCCCCAGUGAUUGGAUUUGCGUGGAGCCUCCUCUAUCCUCUCAUGGGCGCCGCGGCCUGGCUAGUGUGGAGGAACGGGGGAUUCGAAGAACAGCGAUCGGCGCUCACGAUCUUUGGCGUUCAGCUGGGGUUCAAUCUCCUGUGGCAAGUCGCAUUCUUUGGGCUGCGCAAUCCGGCGCUUGCGUUCCUGGACAUAUCCAUCUUGGUUCUGCUCGUGGGCAUUUGCGUUUGGGCAUUUGGGAAAUCCAGUGCCGCAGCUGCAAACGCGAUGAAGGUGUAUCUCCUGUGGGUGGUCUUUGCUGCUGCUCUCAACUACAAAAUCUGUGCACUCAAUCCAUAA